CAAGGGCCGGGGGGCCAAGAAGCUGGGCGUGCUCACCUCCAGCAGGAAGUUCAUCCUCGUCAAGGAGAUGGUGCCCGAGUUCGUCGUCCCCAACCUGGAGGGCUUCAAGCUCAAGCCGUACGUCUCGUACCGCGCCCCCGCGGGCUCCGAGCCCCCCAUGACGGCCAAGCAGCUCUUCACGGAGGUGGUUGCCCCCCGCAUCGAGAAGGACGUGAAGGACGGCACGUUUGACCCCGACAACCUGGAGAAGUAUGGCUUCGAGCCCACGCAGGAGGGCAAGCUGUUCCAGCUCUUCCCCAAGAACUACGUGCGGUAGGAGGAGGCGGCG